GCAUCUUCAUCAUCAUCAAGAGUAUUUUUGUCAUUAGCAUAAGUAUCAAUGUUAUUAAAUUUGAUGGUAUAUUUCAUAGCUAAAUCACCAAAUACUGAAAGAAAAAAACGAGUACAUGCAUAACAAGUGACACCACCUUUUGGACCAAGAAGUGGAAGAAUUGAUCCACAAUCAGAACAAAAUCCAAGAUAAUUAUUAUGGGUUCUGCAUGGGCAACACCAUUAAAUGGAGAAAAUCAAGUGUUAUUUGAUUUUACAACAAUAAAAAAUAUCGAUAACUGGAAUGAAUCAUCAGACACUGUAAGAACAGUUGGAAUGUCAAAAGGAAUUUUAACACUUCAAAAGACCCAAGUUUUUCAAAGAGCUAUAUUUUUCAGUUUGCUAAAUCCCCAGCCAAAUGGUGCUGGUUUUGCUGGUGUUAGAACUCUGACAAAUUUAGAUUUAUUAAAUUACGAUAACAUCGAAAUGACGUGUCGUGGACAAGGAGAAAAUAAAGAAUACAAAAUUGUACUGAGGCAUCAUGGACAAUCAUCAAACGAUGAUAUUUCUUAUGAACAAUUUUUCACAGCACCAAUGUCAAGUGAUAAAUUUACAACAAUUAUUUUACCACUGGAAAAUUUUAAACCAUAUUAUCGUGGACGUGAACAACCAGAUGCUCAACCUCUUGAUAAAAAAAAUAUAACAAUGUUUGGAUUACAAAUUUACGGUGGUGUUUAUUCAUCAUUCAAACAAAAAGGUGUAUCAUCAUUGGAAAUUGAAAAAAUCAUUGCAACAUCAAGCCAACAACAAUAA